AUGAUAAAACGAUAUUUAAAGGUAUAUCCUUCGAUCUAUUAUACAAAGCAUGUAUAUAGUGCCCCCCAAGUAAGUUCCAAUGGUGAAGUUGUAAAAAAGGAUUACGUAUUUAACCAAUAUGGGAAAGAAGGGAUUCAUUUAAAUAAUAAAUUAAAAAAAGGGAAUGAUAAGAAUGCAAUAAAAAGAGUAUAUUAUUUUAAAUUAUGGAAUGCACUAACUCAAUAUAAUUUUACUUUGUUUGAAAAUAUUAUACAGCAAUUUUUAAAUGAAGGACAUAUGUAUGAUGAAGUUAUUUAUUCCAUUAUUGUUCAUUCUUAUGUAUUAAACCAUAGGAAAAAAGUUGAAAAUGCAUAUUUAGUAAUCGAAGAAAUGAAAAGGUGUUAUAUGCAUCCAGCUAUUAUUAAAAUAAAUGAAAGAAUGAUAAAUUCAUAUUUAGAACUUGAAAUGAUUUUUUGUGAACCUUCAAAAAGUUUAUGGAUGAAUAUAUGCAGAUUAACUUGGGAAGUCUCAAUAAAAUUAAAUAGAGAAAGAAAAAGAAAAUUAAAAGAAAAAUUAAAUUUAUUACCGCCAAAUGAAGUUUUAAAAUUAACUAAAGAAGAUCUAAAACUUAUGUUAAAAAAGGAAUAUGAAGAUAGUUUAGUAAAUAUGAUAGAUACAAUGUCCUUGGAUAAUGAAACCCCAUAUGAGCAUAUGAUGAUUGAGGAAUCACAAAUUUAUAAUGAAAAAGAAAACGAAGAAGAAAAUACACCAUCUUUAUCACUAUUGGGAAAGGAUAUGACAAUAAUUGACAACCAUAAUGAAAAUAGUAGUAUCUAUGUAGAUGCUCAAUCGAACUAUAUAGAUGGCAAAAUAAAACAAGAUGAAAAUGAUAUUUAUAUGUUACUGAAAAAUGAUACGCAUAAUGUUCAAAGUAUGAGUGAUUGGGAUGACGAUUGGGGUGGAGACGAUGGCGAUGAAAAAGAAGAGGAUGAAAAGGAAGAGACGUAUGGAAACGACGAAGAUUUUGAUAUUCAACUUUUAGAAAAAUAUUAUAAUCGCAAAUCGUAG